AUAAAAGACGAAACCGUUUAUUCCGUUGGAACAAUUUUGAAGUUACCGUUGUAAAUUGAACAAUCUGAAGAAUGGCUACUUUUACAUAUAUUAACAUUGCUGUGUUCGUCUUUCUCUUAAGUAUAAGAGGACAAAUACGACAUGACGAUAGUAAUUGUGCUAGCAUACAACAGGCUCAAUUUGACAAUGACAAUGAAGAAGAAAUUGAAACGGCGACAGGAGAUUCUGCUGAACAACUUCAUGAUAAAUGGAUGGGAGAAGACUCAGAAUUCAAUUCUGAUGAAGAGAUAAGUGAAACCGAAUCAAGUUCGGAAGCCUAUAUGCCGGAUGAAAGUUUAAGUGAAGAAGGUGAAACCGCGACAGAAGAUUCUGCUGAACAACUUCAUGACAAAGGGACGGUAGAAGACUCAGAAUCUAAUUCUGAUGAAGAGAAAAGUGAAACCGAAUCAAGUUCGGAAGCCUAUAUGCCGGAUGAAAGUUUAAGUGAAGAAGGUGAAAUCGCGACAGAAGAUUCUGCUGAACAACUUGAUGACGAAGGGACGGAAGAAGGCUCAGAAUCUAAUUCUGAUGAAGAGAUAAGUGAAACCGACUCAAGUUCGGAAGCCUAUAUGCCGGAUGAAAGUUUAAGUGAAGAAGGUGAAACCGCGACAGAAGAUUCUGCUGAACAACUUGAUGACGAAGGGACGGAAGAAGGCUCAGAAUCUAAUUCUGAUGAAGAGAUAAGUGAAACCGACUCAAGUUCGGAAGCCUAUAUGCCGGAUGAAAGUUUAAGUGAAGAAGGUGAAACCGCGACAGAAGAUUCUGCUGAACAACUUGAUGACGAAGGGACGGAAGAAGGCUCAGAAUCUAAUUCUGAUGAAGAGAUAAGUGAAACCGACUCAAGUUCGGAAGCCUAUAUACCGGAUGAAAGUUUAAGUGAAGAAGGUGAAACCGCGACAGAAGAUUCUGCUGAACAACUUGAUAACGAAGGGUCGGAAGAAGACUCAGAAUUCAAUUCUGAUGAAGUGAUAAGUGAAACCGACUCAAGUUCGGAAAGCUUCAUGUCGGAUGAAAGUUUAAGUGAAGAAGGUGAAACCGCGACAGAAGAUUCUGCUGAACAACUACAUGACGAAGGGAAGGAAGAAGGCUCAUCAUUCAAUUUUGAUGAAGAGAUAAGUGAAACAAAUUCAAAUUCGGGAGGCAUUAUGCGGGAUGAAAGUUUAAGUGAGGAACAUGAAACUGUGUCAGUAGAUUCUACUGAACAACUUCAUGGCAAAGCGGAGGAUGAAGAAGACACGAGUGAAGUUAUUAGACUAGUAUAAACAAAAAAUACUGAUGGAGGAGAUGAACACAAUUUCGGGACAUCAUUUGAUAGGAAACAUAUACACAAUUUCUACUUCACUUACGCUUUCAGUAUAAGUACGAUGACAAUUAUUUGAAAUAGGACACUAUGCUUUUUACAUAUUGUUUUCCUUCUAUCUUUGGUUUCGAAUCUUUCAAUAGAUAUCCUUUAACUAUUU